CAGAGCAAAUUAUACACAUCGAGGGUUCUUUCCCCCUUCCUCUCGAGUUCCGCCGCGCCGCGCCAAACGUUUGUCCGUCUUUCUCAGAGACACUCUGUGCCCUGAACCAACUCUGGAGAAACAAAGUUUUCUAUCUGCAGAUUGUUUUUGAAGGCAAUAUCUGAGUAAAAGCAAAGGAAUGAUGGAUACUGUUUUAUUGGGAACAAUGCCAGAAUCUGGUGUGACACUACAUAUAGACCCAACAGAAGAAGGUUUACUACCAGAUGCAAAUAUGAAUGGUUCCCGUAGGAAAAAACCGAAAAGAAGAAAGAAGAAGAAGAAAAAGGAAGAGGAAGCUUUGUGUGGAGAAGAGAAGACGUUGGAUGUUUUACAAAAACCCACCGAAGAAGAUCAAAGACAUCCACCUGAGAAUCCUUUGUCCAACAUUAGAAUACAAGAAGAAGAUUCGUGCCAGCAAGGUCAAGAUUCAUGUGAAAAGCCUGAAGAUUCAGAGUCAGUUGCUAUUGAUAUGACUUCUUCUGAGAGAAAGAAGAAAAGAAGAAAGAAAAAGAAAAGCAAUGAUAGAGAUGCGCUGACGGAGAGUGGCGUUGAUACCAAUUCGGAGGUUACUAUGGAAUGCGAUGCUAGGCACAGUUCUGAAGCUCAAGGAUCGAAAUUGAAUGGUACUGUGGUUAACAGUUGUCUGAAAUCCAAGGAUGAUAGAGUCGAUCAACAAAAGGGAGCAGAUGCCAAAGCUGAUGAAACUGUGUCCGAAAUUCAGAAUCCUAAAGCCAAGAAAAAGAAGAGAAGAAAAACCAAAACAGUGGAGGUAUGCGAUGCAUUAGAAAAUACUCUAGCAACCUCCAUGGAAAGUGGGCCAGAAGAGUCUAUGGAAACUGCUGGAGGUGUAUGCGAAGUAAAGAGCAAAAAACGGAAGAGAAAGAAGAAGAAAACGUCAUUGUCAGAUCAGGAAACUGCAGAUAUGGAGGUCUGUGAUCCAUCAGAAAAUACUUUACCAGGCACCAUAGUAGAGUGUAUGUUGGAUCACUCAAACAAAGAAGUUUUGGAAAAUUGUGAUAAGAAUGCUGGACAAGAGUUAGUGGCCGAGGAAGAGACAAAAGAUGAAAUUGGCGAAACUAAACAAAAGAGGAAGAAGAAAAAGAAGAAAGAGUCUUGUGAACUAAGUGAAGAAGUUAGUGAACCCAAACAAAAGAAGAAGAAGAAGAAGAAAAAGUCUUGUGAAGAUGACAAAACUGACAAUAUGGAUGCCGAGAAGGAUGAUGUUUCUGUACCUAGGAAUGAGGGAGAACUAGAAUUUGACGGGGGAAAGCUUGAUACAUCUUUGUCAAGUUCUGUCUUAGUACUCGAUAAUGAGGUAGCUACACAAGAAACUGGAGAUGGACCUAGAUGCUCCUGCAAAGGUCAAAGUACCAGAAAGCUGGUUGUAUUUGAUUUGAACGGAAUCCUUGCAGAUAUUGCUCGAGGAAACACAGGUGAAUGUGUUCCAGAUGGUAAAAUAUCUUUCAGAUCAGUUUUCAAGAGACCUUUUGUUGCUACUUUUCUUGACUUCUGCUUUGAAAAGUUUGAUGUUGGGAUAUGGUCUUCUAGACGCAUUGGAUUGGAUUAUAUGACAGACAUUGUCAUGGGAAAUCACGCGGAAAAUCUACUAUUUAGUUUCGAUCAAAGUAUAUGCAUUACAACAAACUUCAAAACUCUGGAGAAUACUACUAAACCUCUGUUCCUUAAGGAUCUGAGAACAGUCUGGAAUCGUUUUGGUACAUGUCUCAGUUGUGGAAAACGAAAGUACGAUGAGACAAACACUUUGCUUGUGGACGAUUCACCCGACAAGGCAUUGUGUAAUCCUCCACAUACUGGAAUCUUUCCUUUCCCUUACCAGUACACUGACCGUGAAGAUUCUGCAUUGGGACCUGAUGGUGAGCUAAGGAAGUACAUGGAAAGGUUAGUGGAUGCGGAGAACGUUCAGAAGUUUGUGGAGGAGAAUCCAAUUGGCCAAUCUGCAAUAACCGAGACGCAUGAAUCAUGGAGUUUCUACUCUAGGGUCAUCAAGGCACAUAAAAGCUAAAUCAAUUCAGGGGAUUUUUUGACCAACUCCUCACUGUUUAUUUGCUUCUUGAGAGCUCACAACAAGUAAGUGUUUCAAUAUUCCUGGAGAAAAACUUCACUAGUGUAAUGUUAUCUUGAGAGAUGUACUUUAGCUCACCAAACUCUUAAUAUUUCUGUUAAUCUCUUGUAUUUUUCAACAAAGACUAGGAUAUCUUCAAUUAAUGGCUAUGCGUAUUUUUUUCUUUCUUUCAA